UUUACAGACCGCUUGUCAACAGUACAAAAACGUAGAAGAAGUAGUUGUUUUCUUUUCCGUUCCUACUGCGGAAGCCUGAAUAAAAACGCAAAAAAAGCUGGCGUUUAGGUUCUCAUUAUACGUAUUGCAAAACGACAAAACUGGCCCCUCCAUUGCCUGUCACUAUGCCCGCCCUGCUGGAGAGACCCAAGCUGUCCAAUGCGAUGGCCAGAGCCCUUCAUAAGCAUAUUAUGAGGGAGAGGGAGCGCAAGAGACAAGAGGAGGAGGAAGUGGACAAAAUGAUGGAACAGAAGCUGAAGGAAGAGGAGGAGAGGAAGAGGACAAAAGAAAUCGAGGAGAGGAUGUCCUUAGAGGAAACCAAAGAACAGGUCAUGAAGAUGGAGGAGAAACUUCAGGGACUCCAAGAAGAGAAACAUCAGCUUUUCUUACAGCUUAAGAAAGUUCUCCACGAGGAGGAAAAGAGACGUAGGAAGGAGCAGAGUGAUAUCACAACCUUGACAUCAGCCAGCUACCAGCCCAGUCUGUCCAUGCACACAGGACAGCACCUCCUCACUAUUCCAGGAAGUCCAGUCAGCCACAGUCGACCCGGCGCCCUGCUUGGAGAACGGAGCAAACAGCUGUUCGCGGCUUCUGUCAUCCCAGUAAGUACAAAACUGGCCCGUCAUUAUCAGACGCCUGGAUUCAGCUCCGGCUCAGCGGAGCAUGGACAGUUCAGCGGGAGCCAGGGGGUCCACGAGCCCUAUGGGGUGGCCACAUCCCAGCACCCUUCCACCUACGCCCCUGGACCCUCCGUACCCGUAAGCUUCGCCAGCAGUUCUCAGAUCAGAGGAGCAUCUGCCUUUCAAGCAAUGCAGUACCUCCCUCACCAGCAGACAGGGUAUCCUGUUCAUAGUCACUUCCCCUCCCAGGCUGGAUACAUCCCUGGAGCAUCGAUACCCCUGCAGAAGCAGCUGGAACACGCAAACCAGCAGUCAGGCUUCACAGAUGCAGGUGCCUUGAGGCCCAUGCAUCCUUCUGCAAUGCAUCCUUCUGCUCCAGGUCUGCUGCCCACUCCCAUGGUCCAAAUCCCUACUGCAAAGGCUGCGUUUCAGGGCUCCCCACAGGGUGCUCCUCGUCACAGCUUCCUUGCCCACAGCCAGAGUGGGCAGAGGUUCUACCACCACAGCAAGUAACCUGCAGAGACCUUCAUCUUUCUUCUUUUUCUGCAACUUUACCACUUUGAUGAGGAUUCUGAAGGGCAGCUUUGGAACCUGGGGUGGAACACUUUGGAUCUAAAAUAAAAACAUAGUUUGAUUUGUGCCAUAA